UAUCUUCUUUCACUGUCAGAAACCCUAAUUUUUCUCAAUUCACAAAAUUCGGACCGAAAAAUUCACUUCAAUUUUUCCCAUGGGACAGUCCAGUUCUUCGCUUGGGCCUCAUUCGUCGGAGACCGAAGGCCUGGAAAUUUCUCGGAGUUGCCGGUUUAGUUUCAGGUCUUCUUCCUCUUCUUCUUCUUAUUCUUCUUUGAAAGAAGAAGGUGAGGUUUUGGAUUUGAAAAGCGGUGGUUUUGAUGGAGGAGGAGGAGGAGGUGGGUUUGGGUUUGACUAUACGAAUAAUCUUCCUGAUGAGUGUUUGGCUUUGAUUUUUCAGUCCCUUGGUUCUGGAGAUCGGAAAAGGUGUUCUCUGGUGUGUAAACGGUGGUUUAGAGUGGACGGUCAGCAUCGGUAUCGGCUUUCUUUGAAUGCUCAAUCUGAGAUAUUGACUUUUCUUCCUUCUUUGUUGGCUAGAUUUGAUUCCGUGACCAAGCUUGCUCUUCGUUGUGAUCGUAAAUCGAUUAGCGUCAACGAUGAUUCGUUGAUUAUGAUCUCGAUUCGUUGUCCUAACCUCUCGCGGGUUAAGCUUCGUGGGUGUAGAGAAAUCACCGAUGUCGGUAUGGAGUUCUUUGCUCAGAGCUGCAAGUCUUUGAAGAAGUUUUCAUGUGGGUCGUGCAUGUUUGGCGCCAAAGCCAUGAAUUCUAUCCUCACUCAUUGUAAGGCUCUCGAAGAGCUCUCUGUCAAGCGGCUUCGCGGAAUCCAUGAAGGGUCGGAGUUGAUCGGCCAAGACAUAGCUGCUUCGUCUCUUAGAUCCGUAUGCUUGAAGGAGCUGAUGAAUGGACAGGUAUUCCAACCUCUUAUAUUGGGUGCGAAAAAGCUAACGACUUUGAAAUUGAUUCGAUGUGUUGGGGAUUGGGAUCGAGUUUUGGAAAGGAUUGGAAAUGGGAACACUGGUUUUGUUGAAAUCCACCUUGAGAGGCUUCAGGUUAGUGAUUCGGGGCUUUCCGGCAUAUCGAAAUGUUCGAAUUUGGAGGUUUUGCGUAUUGUAAAGACCCCGGAGUGUACAAACUAUGGGCUUGUGUGCAUUGCUGAACACUGCAGGCAACUCAGGAAGCUUCAUAUCGAUGCAUGGAGGACUAAUAGAAUUGGUGACGAGGGUCUGAUUGCUGUAGCCAAACAAUGUCUUAAUUUGCAGGAGCUUGUUCUGAUUGGUGUCAACCCCACCUCGUUGGGUUUGGCAGCUGUUGCUUCAAAUUGCCUAAAGCUUGAACGGUUGGCCCUCUGUGGCAGUGGCUCAGUUGGUGAUGCAGAAAUAGCCUGCAUUGCUGCAAAAUGUCUAGCAUUGAAGAAGCUGUGUAUCAAGGGGUGCCCGAUUUCAGAUGUCGGGAUCGAAACGCUUGCUUGGGGUUGCCCCAAUUUGGCUAAGAUUAAGGUCAAGAAGUGCAGGGGAGUGAGUGGUGGGAUUGCAGAGUGGUUGAGGGAGCGAAGGAAAUCACUGAUAGUUAAUUGGGAUGAUGUACAAGACAAACCUUUGGUGGAUGCUAGUGUUAGUCACAGUGGGGCUCAAGAAAUGGGCAUAGUGCUUCACAGGACAGUUCGCCAAGGAACAGAUUCUAAUACUGCAGCAGCUUCAAGUAGUAGUAGUAAUGGUCCAUUGACAUUGUUUAGAACAAAAAUUGGUUUUUUUGCAUAUAGAAAUUUAGUGCAAUGUGCCUUCAGCAGAUACCCAACUGAUGAUAAUAGUUCCAAUGGAAACUUGUGAUCAUCCAUCCCAGUCUGAAGAGAUUAAAAUCAAGUUAUUAUGUUUAUUUAUAUAUUUUCUUGAGGCAAAGUAACAUUCUUUUGUGUACUAUUACUGGUUCAUGCCUUGGUUGAUUUGUAUGUAUGUUUUGGGAUUUUAGUGCCAAAUUGAAUUGCUUCA